AUGUCAGACGGUCGUCAAUCACCUGGUAAUGCUGAAGCUGAUGGUGGUCCACCAGGUUCUGCAAUGCCUUCGACUGAUGCAGAUGGUUCAAAGAAACAAUCAGCCAUGCUUCGAACAGCUUUCGAUGAUGGUGCAUUAAAAGUUAUGGAAGAUGAAUUUCAAGCUGUUCUGACUGAACUUGUUGGUGGUGAUCGAAGUUUAGAUAAAUUUCGUGCGGAAUAUGAAAAACUUCAUAAAGCAUUACUUAAAUCUCAUGAUAGUGAAAAACGUUUAAUGCAAAAAUGUCGAGAAUUAAAUUCUGAACUUGUUACUAAUUCAGCAAAAGUACAAUCGGCAAUGAAAUUAAGUGAAGAAGAUAAGAGCGCAAUUAAUUCUUUACGAAAAGAAAUUGAAAAAGCAUGGAAAAUGGUUGAUGCUGCACAUGAAAAAGAACAACGUGCAAAAGAAACUAUUCAAAGUUUAAGAAUUGAAAUUAAUAAUUUAAGUAAUUUAGUCGAACAAGGAACAGGUGUAAGUGUUGGUCAAGAACAAGAUGUAAAUGAUUUGAUGAAUGCUCGCGCUGAAUUAGUACAAGAACGAGAUAAAUUAUUAAAUGAUAUAACCCAAUUACGUCGUGAACUUGAUAGUAAUUCAUUUAAACAAAGUGAUUUGGAAAAAGAAAUUCAACAAUCUAAUGAACAAAUAAUUUCAUUGCAAGAAAAAAUUACUCAAGCAAAAAAUGAUAAUAUGAGAGAAACAAAAAAACGAGAACAAGUUGAACUUGAACUUAAGGCAAAUAAACAAAAUUUAGAUUUAAGAAAUGCAGAAUUUAAAGCUCAAACAUCACAAUUUGAAGCUCAACAACAAGAAUUAAAAAAAGCACAACAACAUUUAAAACAAUUAAAAGAUGAUAAUGUACGUUUAACAAAAGAAAAUCAAAUACUUCAAGUUCGUCUAGAUAAUUCUCGUACACAAUUUACAGAACUUGUUACGACAAAUGAAAAACUUGCUAAUGAUUGUUCACGUCGUGUAAUUGAACUUAAAGAAAAAGAAGAUGAACUUGUACAAUUACGUAAAGAACGUGAUAGUGAACAAAAGAAAAAAGAUCAUGUUGAAAAACGUGUACGACAAGUUGAAGAUCAAAUUGGUGAAGUUGAACAACAACGUGAACGUUUACGUUCAACAAUAUCAUCAUUAGAACAAGAAAUCGAUCGAUUUAAACGAACUCAAGAUGAAAAUAAAAAACAAAUUGAAACAUUAACACGUGAACGUGAACAACUAAAUAAAACAUGUCAAAAAUUAGUUGCUGAUAAUCAAAAACAAACCGAUCAAGUUAAAACAUUUGAUCAAACAAAAAAAACUUUAGAACAAGAUAUAACUAAUUAUAAAGAUGAAGCAAGUAAACAACGAAAAAUUAUUCUUAAAAUGGAAAAAGAACGUGAUCGAUAUAUAACUGAAGCUGGCCAAUUAACAAAUCAAGUUCUUGCAUUAAUGGAAGAAGUCAAAAAGAAAGAACUUGAAUUAUUUGAUCAAAAGAAGAAAAUAGCUGAAUUAGAAACUCGUUUAAAACAACAACAAAAUUUAUAUGAAGCUGUUCGAUCUGAUCGUAAUCUCUAUUCGAAAAAUUUAAUUGAAUCUCAUGAUGAAAUUGGUGAAAUGAAACGUAAAUUAAAAAUAAUGAAUCAUCAAAUUGAUCAAUUGAAAGAAGAAAUUCAAGGUAAAGAACAAGAAUUAGUACGUGCACAAGCUGAUCACGACAAAGUUAAAAAAGAAAAAGAGCAGCUAAUCGUUAGUGUUGAACAAUUAAAACGAGAAGCAACGAAAAAAGAAGAAGCAUAUGCAAAUCAACAAGCUGAAUUUGAACGUUUAAAUAAACAAUUAUCUGAAGCAAAUGAUGAACGUAAAAAACAAUUGAAACAAUUACAACAAAUUAUUGCUGAACGUGAUGUUCUCGGUACACAACUUGUUCGUCGUAAUGAUGAACUUGCACUUCUAUAUGAAAAACUUAAAAUUCAACAAUCAACAUUAAAUAAAGGCGAAUUACAAUACAAAGGUCGUCUGGAAGAUUUACGUAUAUUAAAAUUAGAAUUAAAAAAAUUACGUCAUGAAAAAGGUACUUUACAAGAUAAAGUAUCGAAUACAGAUGAUCUUAAACGUGAAGUAUUUCAUGUUCAACGCGAAUUAUUACGUGAACGUACACGUUGUCGUGCAUUAGAAGAAGAAUUAGAAAAUCCAAUGAAUGUACAUCGUUGGAGAAAAUUAGAAGGUAGUGAUCCAUCAACAUUUGAAUUAAUACAAAAAAUUCAAAUACUUCAAAGACGUUUAAUACAAAAAACAGAAGAAGUUGUACAAAAAGAAUUAUUAAUACAAGAAAAAGAAAAAUUAUAUGCUGAACUUAAACGUAUUUUAGCUCGUCAACCAGGCCCAGAAGUUGCUGAACAAUUAUCGAUUUAUCAAGAAACUCUUAAAGCUAAAACAAAACAACUUAAAUCAUUGGCGAGUGAAGUUAAUAUGUAUGAAAGUCAAAUUGAUGAUUAUAAAUAUGAAAUUGAUAAACUGAAUCGACAAUUAACUGAAGUACGACAGAAAUAUUUCCUUCAGAAGAAAAAAGAAACAAUGAUUAAAGAACGAGAACGUAUUUCUCAAGCACAACAAGUUACAACAACAGUUAAUGGAAUUACAUUACAAGAACCACCACCUGAUCUUAUUCAACCAAAUCGAACAAUUGAUCAAGCUCGUUUCACUGGUGGAGGAUUUAAUCUUAAAGCUGCACCAAAACCUCCUACUCUCACUGCUUAA